AUGAAGGCCUCGGAGUUCGUGGUGGAAGGAUGGCGAAGCAGUAUUGCCCUGUUUGAGUCCUACAUCCUGGCACAGGUGUUCUACGAUGAGAUCGAUUCCAAAGCAGGGCACUACGGCAUCAGGAGGACAGGCUACAUUCCCAAUACCUCUGAGGCCAUCAAUGUCCAGGGUGAGCGCGUGUUCAAGAACAUGGUCGACGUGUAUGACGGUAUCCUGAAGGAGGACGUGGAGAAAUUCUUCAAGGACGUCACCGUCAACCGCACCAUGCGGCGCCGCUUCACUGGCAAGGGUGGGGACCAGGUGCAGAGUGCCUACAAGCUGGUUUUCGAUCGUGAAGCACAGUUACGGCCGCCCCCCUCCGGGCCAGAAGACACCAGCAAGGAGGAUCACGAGAAGUACAUGAGACUGGCCAUGGCCGUGGCCGCACGCGGUGGUAAGGCUGGCUUGGCCAAGGAAACAGCCUCGCUCAUGGCUGAUGUUCUCCUCCAGGAGGCACAAUCCAUUAGCAAUGAAGUAGUGGUGUCAGCUGCAAUCUCGUGUCCCAUGUGUGAAGCAACAUUCGUGAGUGAGAACGCCAUGAGGCAAUUCUUCAAAUGGCGGCACCUCAAGCUCCAUAUCGAAGGCGGCGCUUGUCCCAAACUGGGAGGUGACAGUUUCAUUCGAUCCCCCUUAGACUCCACCCAGGCCUUGGCCAAAGUGGCUGCCCCGCCGGCAGCCGACUUGCCGCAGUUUGCAGGGCAAAAUGUGACUGACCUGCCGCUUGUCCUUCGUGAAGCCUUCCUUAGUAAGCUGUCGCAGUGGGAAUGUUGGCUGUCGGUUCCGUCCUUGAUGACUGAACUGCGGAACUACUGCUCACUCUGUCACCAAUGGGUGGCGGACUUCCGGCAUGUCAAGCAGCACAUAAGGAUGUUCGAGGACAUGAUGGAGGGGGCGGGGGAGCUCGAGGCGAGCAUCUUCGCGCACUGUUUCGACGAGGGAGCCAUGCAAAGGUACAUGCCGGCCAGGGCGCCCAAGCGGGCUCGCCCGGAACAGCAGUUUCGGGGGAUGGGUGCAGGAAAUCGCUUCGCUCCUGUGAACAUGUAUGGAGCGCCCCCGCAGCAGCAGCAGGCGCAGGACCCGCUUCGUCUCAUGUGCCGCGUCAUCCUGCAACAGGAGGAGACCAUAGCGCACCUUCGGCACGAGAAGUGCUUUGUCAUGUUCAUGAAACACGAGCAGGAAGGGAUCCUCAAACCGCUAAUGAUGGUGGCGAAAGAGUGGAACGAGAAACGAAGCCAGACGCCGGAGAAGCUCACCUCUCCACUCCGUACCCUGCUCUUGCAGUCAAUGUUGCAGGAACUCUUGCAAAGAGUGCAGAAGGAGGCGGCCACAGAAGAUGGCCGAACAGCUCUCCAGAAAAAAGGCUGGCUGACCAAGGAAAACCAUUGGCCGUAUCUUGCUUGGGACUCCAAAACCAAGCAACUUGUGCUGAACCAGGCCCGGCAGCGUGUUCCUCACACGGAGAUCGUUCGGUUGCUCACUUGGAUGCUGAGAGAGAUGAAGGGGGACAUAAUCCAGACCUUCAAGUCCCGCCCCAGCCUCCACAAGAUGAACCUUCAGAUUGCGCCGACCUCCACCUUCCACCUGGAGAUUGCCUUGCGGGGUCAAACCUCGUUGGAGAUGCACGAGGCCUUCAUGAAGCUGACAUCGAAUGCCGUGACACAGCUGAUAGGCACCGCUAUCAAGCGGGACAGCCUGCCGCAGACGGCCCUUGCCAAGCAAUUGGCGGACCUCACCUUCCGCCGUCGAUGA